CCUCAUCAUCCUGCCCUCUUAACGUCUCCUCCUGCUCUUCUUUGAUUUUUAUAUAUCUCAGUAUAUAAUUACUUGUAUCCUGCCUUCUGUAUAAUAUUCCCAGCGAGUUUAGCUGAGGCCCAGCAACCAUGCCAGACGCAAUCCUCGACGAUAUCUCACAUCGCCGCUACAACCCGUUGCGGGGGAGCUGGCUACUCGUCUCUCCGCACCGGACGAAGAGGCCAUGGCAGGGCCAGCAAGAGACAGCCUCGAAGACCACCCUGCCCGAGUACGAUCCGGCAUGCUACCUCUGCCCCAAAAAUAAGCGCGCCCAGGGCGAUCAGAACCCAGACUACAAAAACACCUUUGUAUUCGUGAAUGACUACAGCGCCGUCAAGGAAUCCCAAGCCGAGUACCACCCAGAAGCAAAGGAAGGCGACCUCUCAUCCCUCCUCCUCCGCGCCGAACCAGUCACAGGGAAAUGCUACGUCCUCACCUUCUCCCCCCAACACAACCUCACCCUCGCCGACCUGACUCCCGCGCAAAUCCUCCCUGUCGUCCAGAUGUGGAGCAAAAUCUACGCCGCCCACCUCUCGCCCAAGUCGCCCUUAUACUCCCUUCAGCCCGCAACGUCCGCUGCCUCCGAUCCUGACUACGGCGUCUCGGCCCCCACUGCACAAUACCGGUGGAUGCAAAUCUUUGAGAACAAAGGCGCCGCCAUGGGUUGCUCGAAUCCCCAUCCCCACGGCCAGGUCUGGACCACCACCGGCACACCCGAAGAGCCAGGCCAGGAACUCGAACAGCUGCAGAAGUACCGCUGCGAGCACGCUGGCCAGAAUCUGCUGGCUGACUAUGCCAAGCUCGAGAUGGAAAAGAAGGAGCGUAUCGUUUUCCAGAAUGCCUCCUUCCUUGUCGUCUGCCCUUGGUGGGCCGUCUGGCCAUUUGAGACGCUCGUUCUAGCAAAGACUCACAAGCGCGCGCUCGUCGACCUCAAUGACGCAGAGAAGCUCGACUUCGCGGAGGCGAUUGCGGAGGUGACACGCCGUUAUGAUAACCUCUUCGAGACGAGCUUCCCGUAUAGCUCGGGGAUUCACCAGGCUCCGCUGGAGGGGACCGAGGAGGAGAUCAACGCCUCGCACCUCCACAUGCACUUCUACCCACCGCUAUUGCGCAGCGCUACGGUGAGGAAGUUCUUGGUGGGUUAUGAGCUGAUGGCUGAGCCACAGCGGGAUAUCACGCCUGAACAGGCCGCGGCGAAGUUGAGGGAUGCCGGAGGGGAGCUGUAUAGGAAUUCGUUGUGAUUUAGCCCGAUUAGAUUUAGAUGGUGAGGGUGCAUAUCGUUGAUGUCUAUAUUGUGGAACUUCGGCCAAAUUCAACUGCUCAGUGUGAUGCAAGUGAGCGAAGUGAAGGUCAUUUCAAAGUCUGAUGAAUAUGUGAGAUAUCGAGGAUCAGCGGUGAGGAGUAGUCAAGAUUGAAUUGGACACAACAUCCAACUGGAGUUUGGGAUAUUAGGGUCAUUAAAUUAUAACUUGCUUAUGAAGAAAUGCCGGGUCUUUGUUCACCCAGCCUCCUGCCAACUAACUCUAUCCAAACCUCUAUGCAGCAAC